AUGUGCGAUCCCAAGGAGGAAAAUCACCCUCUAUCCCCUGGCCCUCACACAUUCACCUCCCCAACCAAGAACCUAACCUUCGAAUACAUCAUCCUGCACCCCCCAACCCACCAGCCCAACCGGCCACCACCACCACCACCACCACCAUCCUCGAAAGACCUCAUCGUGAUCCAAUGUCCUGCCUGGGGAAUCGGAUCCCGAUACCUCCAAACAGGGCUGGCCCCGCUCCUCGAGCUCGAUCCAGAGAAAGGCCAAAAAACGCCCUACACCCUCCUGUUCUUCCACCCCCGAGGCACAGACAACUCAUCCCGGCCGCGCUCGUCCACGGAAAUGUCCAGCAUGCCUCAUUUAGCCUCGGAUCUCGACGACCUUCGAGAGCACCUCCACCUUCUGCGGUUCCCGGUCCUGAUGGGCCACUCGAAUGGCGGGGCCAUCGUGCUCGGGUACGCUGAGAUGCAUCCAACCCGGGUGUCGAAGCUUAUUCUGUUGAAUCAUCAGUUGAUUGGGUUACGGGAUCGUGCGGAUGAUCUACAGGACAAAGACCUUACUCAACACCCUUCCCCCUCUACGAAGAAGAAAACCCCCAACCCCAAACCAACCACAGAUAAAUCCUUCACAGCCUCCGUACAAUCCAGGUGGUCUCUCUACUUUUAUAACCCGGCUGUCUAUGUUCCCUCCCUCCUCGCUGCAAUCGGGACCCGGAUAAUGCCGAUUUGGUGCUACCGGAGCGUAUACGGGUGCGACGAGAACCAAGAGCUCCAGCAUCCACAGCAGAUGAUUACGGGGUUAGAGCGGGUAAGGGCGAAAACCCUAGUGAUAUCCGGGAGAGAUGAUUUGAUCUGUGGCUUGAAGAUUGCCGAGCGUUCAAAGGAGGGGAUUCCAGAUUCUAAGAUGAUUGUUUAUGAUCGGUGUGGGCAUUUCCCUUGGAUUGAGCGCGAGAAGAGGUUUUUUAAAGAUAUUAGAGAGUUUCUAGCCCUUAGAUCUUGA